AUGGACGCCAUCGCUGGGAGUGUUUUUCAGGGACUAACCUCUUUGGCUCUUGAAGAGUUCAAAUUGCUGUGGAAUGCUAAACAUGAUGCAGAAAGGAUGAAGAACACGAUCCUUGCCAUCAGAGCUACACUGUUGGAUGCAGAGACAAGGGCCAACAACAACCAUCAAGUCAGCUUUUGGCUUUCCAGGCUGAAAGAUGUCCUCUAUGAUGCAGAUGACCUGCUUGAUGAUUUGUCCACUGAAGCUUUGAGGAGGGGAACCAUGACCAGAAACAAGGUGGCAAAGAAGGUAUGGAUCUUCUUCUCAAAAUCAAACCAAGUUGUUCAUAAUCUUAAGAUGGCUCAUAAAUUGAGGAAACUCAGGGGAAGGCUGGAUGAAGUUGAUGAUGAAAAGAAAAAAUUUCAUUUGAUUGAUCACCCUCCUAAGCCUCUCCCUUUACUUGAGCAACAAACAGACUCUUUUGUGCAAGAAGAUGAAAUCACUGGGAGAGAGGAGGAAAAAGAUUUGAUUUUACGUUAUUUGUUAGACAGUAAUGUAAAAUCUAGUGUUUCAAUUAUUCCUAUUGUUGGAUUUGGAGGGUUAGGCAAGACCACACUUGCUCAAAUUGUGUACAAUCACGUGGAUGUUCAAAAACAUUUUGGGUUGAAAAGAUGGGUUUGUGUGUCUGAUGAAUUUGAUGUAAAACAAAUAGCACAAAAGAUUUUAGAGGAAAAAAGUUCAAAAGAGAUGGAGGAAGUGCAACAAGAUCUUAGAAAAUUAAUAGAGGGGAAGAAGUUUUUGAUUGUCUUAGAUAAUGUGUGGAAUGAAGAUAUUGAGGUUUGGUAUAAGAUGAGAUGUUUACUAACCAUUGGAGGAGAGGGGAGUAUGAUAAUUGUUACCACACGUAGUAAGAAGGUGGGAAAGAUGAUGGGCACCUAUCCGCCAAUUAUCCUUAAAGGUUUGGAUAGUGAGAGAUCAUGGGAUUUGUUCUGUAGAAUGGCUUUCGAAGGGAGUAAAGAGUCAAAUGAUAAGGAGUUGUUAGAAAUUGGGAGGGACGUUGUAAAGAAAUGUGGAGGAGUCCCUCUUGCUAUUAGAGCUGUUGGAAGGCUUGUGUAUGAUAAAACUUUAGAAGAAAUCACAGAUUUGUCAUACUUAAGGAACUGUGAGUUUUGGAAAGAAGAUAAGUUGGAGAAGAGAAUCUUUGCUGUGCUUAAACUCUCUUAUGAUCAUCUUCCUUCACCUAUGAAAAAUUGUCUUGCUUUUUGUUCAUUGUUCCCAAAAGAUUUUAGAUUCGAGAAGGAAACACUAAUUCAAAUGUGGGUCGCCGAAGGAUUCAUUCAAUCAACUAAUAAGAUAAGGUGUGAGGAAGAUGUUGGGAAUGAAUAUUUUAUGAACCUACUUUCAAGAUCCUUCUUCCAAGAUGUCUUAAGAUAUUCAUAUGGCAUACAGUCAUGUAAAAUGCAUGACCUUAUUCAUGAUUUAGCACAAUUUGUAGCAAAGGAUGAGUACUUUAUCAUCAAGGAAGGAAAAAAAGAAAGUGCUAAAGAGACAACACGUCAUUUGUCAUAUCAUGUGCCAAGAAAUGAUUGGGAAGUUCCAACUUCCUUCCUCAAGUUUAAAAAAUUGAGAACAAUGCUCUUGCUCACCCAGGCUUUUUCUUGUCGGAUGGAUCAUCGUGUUUUUGAUUUGGUUGCAUCAAAAUUGAAAUCCUUACGUGUUUUGAGCCUAAAGAAUUUGAGAAUUACUGAAAUUUCAGAAAGCAUUGGAAAACUGAAGCAUCUGAGAUUUUUUGAUCUUUCAUGUAAUGAUAUUAUCCAGCUCCCAAGAACUAUUACCAAACUCCACAACUUGCAAACCUUAAACCUCAGUUUGAAUCCAAUUCGAGAAUUGCCAAGAGACAUUAAUAAAUUAGUAAGCUUGAUGCAUCUUAAUCUUAUGUAUUGUGAUGAUUUGGAAUGGAUGUCAAGUGGUUUGGGGCAAUUAACUUCUCUUCGAACCUUGACAUAUUUUGUGGUAGAUGAUCAAGAGAUGCAUGAGAAAAGGGGAAGUGCAAGGAUAAGUGAAUUGGGAGAGCUUAACAACUUGAGAGGGAUUCUAACAAUAAGUGGGUUGAAACACCUGAGGUCAAACCCUGUAAAGGUCGAGUCUGCAAGAUUACAAGAGAAGCAACAUCUGCAGGAGUUAUUAUAUUAUUGGGACACACUCCACUCUCCGAAUGGUGAAUUGUCUAAAGAUGCUUUUGACGAACUGAUUUUAGAAGAGCUUCAACCUCAUCAUACCAUCAAAGGUCUAAGCAUUACAGGAUUUCGGGGGGAAAGGUUACCAGAGUGGAUUGGAAAUCUGGUGCAACUGCAAUAUCUUCGGCUCCAGGAUUGCAAGUACUUGAUGUCACUUCCUGAAGGUCUUCAUAAUCUCACAGCAUUACAAUCACUGAGCAUACACAGAUGCCCAUUGUUGGCCGCUGAUGAUGUUCGGCAAAAAGUUGCUCAUCUUCCAAAUGUGGACAUUAAAUAA